AUGAAUAUCAAUCUAGAUACAGCAAAGGAUGUUCUUUGUAAAAACGUGUUGAUAUAUGGAUAUUGCAAGUAUCAAGAUAAAGGAUGUGCUUUUAGCCAUCAUAAACUGACAGGAUUGCAGUCGGGUGGAGCUGGAAAUGGAGAAGGCAACGGGCAAGAACCUGAAUCACAGGCGGAUCAGUUGCAGGCGCAACCGCUGCAACAAUUGAAAUCUAAACAAUCGCGAUCUCGGUUACAACAACAACAACAACAGCAGCAGCAGCAGCAGCAGCAGCAGCAAAUACCCCUUACUGGGACCGCUUCAGCAAAAUCAACGGAAUCAAAUAAUGGACGAAGAAAAUUCAAUAUUGAAACUCCGUUGUUUCAACCAAGUGGUGGGAAUGAUCGAUUGAUUAGCGGUAUAACUUCAAAAUUUUCAAAUCUCUCUCCAACAGUUAAGGAUGCACCAAUUUUUCAACCUGAAUCGCUUGCAUCAUUUCAAGGUCAAGAUGGGAUACAAUCCCCACAACAACGGCAACAAUCUCAGAAUAACCUGUCUGCUUUUCAGUUUGGAGCAAAGAAGUUCAAUGUUAGCACGCCAUCAUUUACACCGUCCAAUUUUGAUUUUUCUCCGGGUGUAUCUGGAACAACCUCCAACCAACCACAACCACAUCAACAACAGCAGCAGCAACAUCAUCAUCAUUUCUCUGGCCCACCGCAAAGUCUCCCUCCCAACGGCCCUUCAAGUGCAAGGUCACUAGGUGGAGUUAUACAACCACAACAGCCCUCAUCUAACCCAUAUCUUCAGAAUACCCAAAGUCCAUUGGCUCUGGGAAAUCAAAUGCCGCACUCAUCACUUAUGAACUCAGCACCACCAAUUUCAUCCAAUUUUUUUCCAUCGCUGCAAAGUCAUCCUCAUCAUCAGGGGUCAGGACUAGAAGGAAAUGCUGUGGCCGGUGCAGCGCCUGCACCACCAACUUCGCAACAUCAACAGCAGCAACAAGCACCAUUGUAUCCACUACAAUAUCAUUUGUAUGCCCCUGUACCACCACCCAGAUUAACCGUUCCUAUAAGAGAUUAUGAGACUAAUGCAUUAAAGAUGUUCAUCCCCAAUGACUUAAGAGAGAAUUUGCACCGUAGAAAUGAAGCAAGUUUACAGACCCUUCAACAUCUGAAUUUGCCUGAACACGUAAAUUCCUACCAUUCAUUAGUCCCCAUAGAUACAUCCUAUGAUGCCGUAAGUAAAAUUUGGCCCGGUAAGAAUAGUCUUUUGUUCAAAUGUUAUUCAAACAAUGAUGGGAAUUUGUAUGUAUUGAGAAAAAUUGAGCCUUGCAAUGAAAUCACUGAUGAAAGUACAUUCAAGAGUAUAAAGAAAUGGCAGAAACUCAGAUCCAAUGCCAACAUAGUCGGGAUCAAAGACGUAUUUACAUCGUUGGCCUUCAGUUCAAUUAGUGGAACUAAAGUGGAAAAUACCACCGCUUUAUGUUUUGUUUAUGAUUACUAUCCCAAUUCAAAAACAUUGUUGGAGCGUCAUAAGAAAUCAUUGAGAGUUGAGCCAAUAACAGAGGAUCUUUUGUGGACGUAUCUCGUUCAAUUGGUUAAUGCAUUAAAGGAAAUACAUGCAAACGGGUUAAGUGCUGGAUCAUCUAUGGAAGUGAGCAAGAUUAUCAAUACCGGAGAGAAUAGGAUUAGAUUGAGCAGCUGCGGAAUUAGUGAUGUGUUGGAUUAUGGUAAGCAGGACAGCCCUGAUGUAGGACAAUUGCAACGUCAAGACAUUAAAAAUUUGGGUAAAGUUUUGCUUGAUUUGAGCUCGUUGUUGCUUCCAAUAAAUUUAAGAUCGAGUCAAGAAGAUGUUUUGAUGAGGAACCUAACAAAUUCGACUAACUUGAGUGAUGAUUUUAUAAAAGUUUUGAAAGUAUUGGAUGAAAUUGCAGUCUCACCUGACAAUGAUGUACCGGAUUUCAAUAUGAAACAAUUCAUCAGUGAUUAUUUAAUCGACAAGACAUUUUCCACUGUCAACAGUAUACAAAACUCAAGUGAUUAUUUUGAACUGCAAUUGACUUCAGAAUUGGAAAAUUCUCGAUUAUUUAGAUUAUUAACCAAGAUUAAUUUCGUGGUUAAUACCACCACUAUUGGAGAUAACAACCUUAACAAGUUGUCCUUAAAUGAUGCCAAUCAAAUCAAGAUUAUUCAAUUAUUUCAGCAAAAUUUGUUUCAAUUUUAUGAUCCCAAUGGAGCUAGAGUUAUCAACUUGCACAAGGUUUUGGUUAAUUUGAAUAAGCUCGAUUGUGGAGUUGAUGAGAAAUUGUUAUUGGUGAAUGAAAAUGAAUGCAUCAUUGUUAGCUAUAAAGAAGUGAAGGAGAUUAUUGAUUGUCAAUUCAGACAGUUGAAAAAUUAG